AAGUUGAUGGACAGACUUUUUUCCCCUAUUUUUCUGGAUUGACGACAACUGGGAACCAACUGGGAAAGGGACUUGAAUACUUUGAGCAGGUAUUUCCCUUUGUUCCCUAAGAAGCCUGUUGGAUAUUUUAUCUGUGUGGAGAGCCUGAACAGUCACUCACUUAUGGGAAGAUGGAGGCAGGAGCAGAGGCUAGUCCACAACAGCACCAGAGGAGGAAGCCUGUGCAGCACGGUUUGGAGGACCAGAAAAGGAUUUACACGGACUGGGCCAAUCACUACCUUGCCAAGUCAGGAAACAAGCGUCUGAUCAAGGACCUGCAAACAGACGUCGCAGAUGGAGUGCUGCUGGCUGAGAUCAUACAAGUCGUAGCCAAUGAGAAGAUUGGUGAUAUCAAUGGCUGUCCCAAGAGCCGUACUCAGAUGAUUGAGAACAUCGAUGCCUGCCUCAGUUUCCUGGCAGCCAAAGGAGUCAACAUCCAGGGUCUGUCUUCAGAGGAGAUUCGGAAUGGUAAUCUGAAAGCCAUCCUCGGCCUUUUCUUCAGCUUGUCCCGCUACAAACAGCAGCAGCAGCAGGCCCAGAGACAUAACCCGCAUCCCUCUAACCCCUCCAUCGCCCAGCCCCAGGGCACACACCCUCCCCUGAGCCAGCAGAGCAGCGCCCCUGCCCAGCUCAGCACCUCUACGCAUGGGACUCCUUCCCUCACAGCCCAGAAAGCAGCACAGGCCGAGAUGCAGUCCAGACUUCCCGGCCCCUCAGCGCGGGUGUCCACUGCUGGCGGUGACAUCCCCACCAGAGGCUCGGUCAGUGCUGCUGGGAACAGACGCAGCCAGGGCUUCAGCGACAAGACCAAAGCGAACCUGAACAAAGAUUCCUCAGAGGGCAUGACCUCACAGCCUUCGGUGAUGACUGAGCAUGCUCCGUCAUCCGCAGUGACCAUCAGCUCCUCCACCAGCAUCCCAGCUGCUACCUCCACCCAGGUUCCUCCCGCAUCUUCCUCAUCGUCCUCCACGGCCAUUCCCCAGCCCAACAGCAACAGCAAACCCUGGAGGAGUAAGUCGGUGAGCUCCAAGCACAUCUCCGCUCCUUCCUCCUCCACCAGCACCGCCACGUCUGCCAUGCAGUCUACCAAGCAGGAGAAGGACUCCUGUAAGGCCGAUGCUCCUCCUAAAGUUGUUGCUCAGAAGUCAAUGCUGGAGAAGCUAAAGCUCUUCAACAGCAAAGGAAGCUCCAAAUCCUCUGCCUCCUCCUCCAAUGGACUAGCGGCCGCAACAGAGAGCGCUGUCCUAGCCAGGCAGCUCGCAGCGGCGCAGGUGGAGCGGUCAGAAACUGGCUCCAACACCGACCCCCUGGAGGAAGACGAUGGCAACGUCCGGCCGGGAAUGAACGGGACUAGCAACGGGACGGCCUACGCAGCAGCGCCAUCAGCAGCUACUACUGUCUCCACAACCGCCAGCAGCCCCAAAAUGGCCCUGAGAGGCAUCGCCCAGCGCACUUUCAGCAGAGCUCUGACUGCCAAGAAGAGCUCUGUCAAAAGCACAGAGAAGGACAAAGACAAAGGGAAGGAGAAGGGGAAGGAUGUGGGGAAACGCAUCUCAGCCCCCGACAGGACCGAGCUCAGGGGAGACGAGCUUAAGGAGGAAGCAGCUCCUGUAACCACGGACCCAGACAGCUCAAACAAAAGGACCUCUAAAAUCACCAGCUUCAUACCCAAGGGGGGUAAAGUGGCCAAAAAGGAGAGUUCCACCCCUGCACACAGCGGAAUACCAAAGCCAGGAGGCAAAGCCCCGGGAGUCGGGGGGAAAGCCUCCUCAGUGAAGGAAGCGGGCGAGAGGCCCCGGAGCAUGCGGUUAGGAGGGGGUCUCGCCAUGCACCGGGGGCCACUGGACAGGGACAGCAGGCACUCCAGCUCUACCUCCAGCCUGGCCUCCACAGAGGGGAAGACUUGCGCCUCCUCUGGGGCGGGAGGAGGCUCCACUCAGAGCACAGCCAGCAACACCAUCAGCGUGCAGCUACCUCAGACUCAACAGCACCACAGCCACCCCAAUACGGCCACUGUCGCACCUUUCAUGUACAGAUCUCAAACAGACGGCUUGGAUACGGCAGACAGUGAGAGCGGCUCAGGAGGAAGAGACGUUUCCUUCACCAAGAGCGGCCAGCUGUCCAUCGAGGACCUUUCAGGGGAAGACCCAGAGACCAGACGGUUGCGUACAGUCAAGAACAUCGCCGACCUGCGGCAGAACCUGGAGGAGACCAUGUCCAGCUUAAGAGGAACUCAGGUCACACACAGCACCUUGGAAACCACCUUCGACGGCAGCGUCACCACAGACAUCAGCAGCAGCGGAGGGGGCAGCGCCGUCAGCAACAACAGUGGAGGAGGGAGUCGGAGCAUCCUCAGCAUCACUUCUUCCCGUCCCUCUCUGUCAUCAUGGCGGCUGGGCCAGUCAAGCCCUCGUCUGCAGGCGGGCGACGCCCCUUCUUUGGGGAACAGUUACGGUGGCGGCCGGGUGGCCGGGAGCCAGGGAGGGCGCUACCUUUACCCAGGGAACCUCAGGCGGCAGCUGGCAGGAAGGGGAGGAGCCAUUCACAGCGUGGAGCUCGGGGACAGAGCCGGGGAGGACAUCGACCUGGACAGCAUCGCCGUGGACGUCACUGGGUACAUGAGCGAUGGAGACGUGCUGACCAAGAACGCUGCACGCACUGAUGAUGUCGCCAGCGGCUACAUGACAGACGGAGGUUUGGGUCUGUACACGCGGCGCCUGAACCGCCUGCCCGACAGCAUGGCCGCCGUCAGAGAAACGCUGCAUCGAAACACGUCGUCAGGACAGGGAGAUGCUGACAGCUGGGAUGACAGCAGCUCUGUGAGCAGUGGCAUCAGCGACAACAUCGACACAGAUGACAUCAACACUAGCUCCUCGAUCUCCUCCUAUGCCAACACACCGGCUGCGAAACGCAAGGGCCUGAACACACAACCUGUGACAGAUGCAGAGAAGCACUCUGCCUCAACAACAGUGCACCCGGCCUGGUCAGGAGACGAGGUGAAGAGGCCAGACGGUGGGUCAGACAGCGGGGUCAGGAUGGAGCCGGGCUCCAAGUGGAGCCGCCGGAACCCCUCCGACAUCUCAGACGAGUCAGACAAGGGCAGCUCGGGGAGGAAGACCCCCUCCGUGUCCCACACAGGCUCCUGGAGGAGAGGCAUGAGCACUCAGGUGGGGGUGACAUCCCCCCGGACUAAAAGCAACAGUAGCACAGGCUCGGGUGGCCUCAAGAGCCACAGUUCAGCAAAGACGGAUGAUGUAAAGGUAUCAGAAAAGGGUCGCCUCUCUCCUCGUCCUAACGGCCUUCACCGCUCGCCCUCAGACGCAGGGCGCAGCAGCGGCGACGAGGCAAAGAAACAAUCCAUCCCCACCAGCCGCACGUCCACGUCAAACGCCCUCACGCACACCAUUUCAGACCCCCACUCCCAUGCUCACACCUCGCGCACCCCUACCAGCACCUUCGGCUUCAAGAAGCAGGGCCACGGGAUGGUAACCAUUGUUACUGCAAGCGGCGCCACCAUCACAAGUGGCUCGGCUACCCUUGGGAAGAUGCCCAAAUCUGGAGCACGCUCACUCGCUGGAGGGUUGAAGGUCGGUGGGCACGAUGGCGGGUCUGCGUUAGGACACCACGACGACGGUUUCCUCCCCAUGAGUGCCCGCUCCACGCUGCAGUACCGCAGCCUGCCGAGACCCAGCCGCUCGGGAGCCACCGCACGCAAUGGAAACCGCUCCUCCACCAGCAGCAUUGAGGCCGCCGUGCUGUCGGUUACGACUCACGGGAAAAACUCAAUGGGCCUGACAAAAGCCAACGGCACAGGAGGCCUGCUGGCCAAUCAGACGGACCGGGAGAAGGGCGUGUCGGAGAUCGACAACCUGAGGAGUGGAGUCGUGAUGCAGAGUGGAGGAGCAGCGACGGUUCCUCUGACAGGAAGACAGCAGGUUUCCUCCCCUACGCUGCGCAGAUUGUUUGGUGGGAAGCCCAGCAACAAAUCUCCGGUCACCACGGCUGAAAACAUGAAGAACUCAACCGUUAUCUCCAACCCCCACGCCACCAUGAACCAUGUGGGCACGGUGCUGGAGUCCCCCGACGGAGGGCUGGGAGCCGUGGACGGCGACACCAGCAGCCCCAUGUUUGGAGGCAGACUGCAGGGGAUAGGGAUGGGGACGCUGGGCAGCGAGCAGGCCUCCAGUCCUGGCUCAGUGUACUCCUCCACCGGCCCCUCAAACAGCCUGACGUGGGGCACCACCUUCAGCAGCUCCUCUGCCCAGAGCAGGGAGAGCACGCUGGGCGGACACGGCGGGGCAAGCAGCAUGGGAUACCCCUCCGUCAGCAGCAUGCACACCAGCAGCGAGUCCAUCGACAUGAGCCUGGGCAGCGCCGGCCACGGGACCCACAGGGAGGACACACUGUCCGCUCUGGGCCGCACCGGUAGCGUCAAGACCGGCAUGUCUGAGAGUCCCCUGUCCUCCCCCUCCGCUAGCCCUUUAUUCAGCCGAAACACGCUCCCUCGGAGGCAGGACAGCGGGACACACUGUGGUAGAAACACUCUGCCUAAGAAAGGACUCAGGUAUGGCCCAUCCACGCAGCUGCGAAGCCAAGAGGAGGCCCGUGAUUGGCUGCGCUCCCACUCCACCAGCGGUCUGCAGGAAUCAGCCAGCAACUCCCCGUUCUCCCCCAGCUCCAGCCUCACCUCCCCCUCCGGCACUCGCUUCAACUUCGGACAGCUCGCCUCCAGCCCCACCUCCGCAGCUCAGAUCAACAUCGCCAGUCUGCGCAACAACAGCCUGACCAAUCAGGAAGUCUCCUUUGACCCUUGCAGUGAUAACCGCCUGAGAAACUCGUGCAUGUCGCUUGACGAGAAAACUCGCACCAUGAGCAGAUCGGGCUCCUUCAGGGACGGCUUCGAGGAAGUUCAUGGAUCAUCCCUGUCUCUGGUCUCCAGCACCUCCUCCAUUUACUCUACAAACGAGGAGAAGUCUCAGUCGGAGAUCCGCAAAUUGCGUCGGGAGCUGGACGCCUCCCAGGAAAAGGUUUCUGCCCUGACAACACAGCUCAGCGCCAAUGCUCACCUGGUGGCAGCGUUUGAACAGAGUCUGGGGAACAUGACCAUCAGACUGAAGAGUCUCACUUUAACAGCAGAGCAGAAGGACUCUGAGCUGAACGAGUUGAGGAAGACCAUCGAGUUGCUGAAGAAACAGAACGCUGUGGCUCAGGCCGCCAUCAACGGAGUCAUCAACACACCUGAACUCACGCACAAAGGGGACAGGACAGUGGGCAGUAACGGCGGCUCACCCCAGCAGCAGCAGCAGCAGCAGCAGCCUGACCUGCGCAUCAGGAGGCAGCACUCCUCGGACAGCGUCAGCAGCGUCGCCAGCGCCACCAGCCACUCCAGCGUGGGCUCCAACUUGGACAGCGAUGCAAAAAACAAGAAGAAGAACAAGAAGAACUGGCUUCGAAGCUCCUUCAAACAGGCGUUCAGCAAGAAGAAAUCUCCCAAGUCGGCUUCUUCCCACUCCGACAUCGAGGAGAUGACAGACUCGUCGCUGCCCUCCUCCCCCAAGCUGCCCCACAACGGCACCACAUCCUCCAGCCACAUGCUCAGGAACACACACUCCAACUCGCUAUUGUCGGAGUGUUUGGACAGCGAGGCGGAGACGGUGAUGCAGCUGCGCAGCGAGCUCAGGGAGAAGGAGAUGAAGCUGACAGAUAUCCGCCUGGAGGCUCUGAGCUCCGCGCAUCAGCUGGACCAGCUCCGCGAGGCCAUGAACCGCAUGCAGCUGGAGAUCGAGAAGCUGAAGGUGGAGAAUGACCGUCUGAAGGUGGAGAAUAAGGGCAGCAGGAUGGGUUCCCAGGCCUCCAUCUCCUCCUCCCCUCCCUCUCACACCCACAGCCAGGCCCAAGGAGGGGGGCCAGGUCUCCCCCAGCACAGCCUCAACCUCACCACCAGCGAGUCCACCAGCCUGGACAUGCUGCUGGACGACACCGUCGGAGAGGGGGGGUCGAGGAAGGAAGGGCGGCACGUAAAGAUGGUGGUCAGCCUGGACGAGCAGGAGGGCCCGCUUCGCCAUUUUCUGAUCGGCUGCAUCGGUGUGAGUGGUAAAACCAAGUGGGACGUCCUGGAUGGAGUGGUCCGACGGCUUUUCAAGGAGUACAUCACCCAUGUGGACCCGUUGAGCCAGCUGGGCCUGAGCUCUGACAGCGUGGAGGGAUACAACAUCGGAGAGAUCCACCGGCCCAGCCUCGCCCGCGCUGCACACACCCCCGAGCUGCUGCCCUGCGGAUACCUGGUGGGAGACAGCAACACCAUCAACAUCCAGCUCAAAGGAGUGAGGAGUGAGGGUGUGGACUCGCUGGUGUUCGACACUCUGAUCCCGAAGCCGAUGCUGCAGCGCUACGUCUCCCUGCUGAGGGAGCACAGGCGCGUCAUCCUGUCGGGCCCCAGCGGCACAGGGAAGACCUACCUGGCCAAUCAGCUGUCUCGACACCUGCUGCUUCUGGAUGGCCGACCCCUGACCCCGCACGCUGUCGUCACUUUCAACGUGGACCACAAGUCCAGCAAGGAGCUGCGUCAGUACCUGUCUGGUUUGGCCGAGCAGUGCAGCGGUGUGGGUGGGGUGGAAGGCCCUCUGGUGGUCAUCCUGGACAACCUGCACCAUGUCAGCUCACUGGGAGAGAUCUUCAACGGAGUCUUCAACUGCAACUUCCAGCACUGCCCCUACAUUAUUGGCACUAUGAGCCAAGCCACAUCAUCUGCCCCCAACCUGCAGCUUCACCACAACUUCAGGUGGGUGCUGUGCGCUAACCAUGUGGAGCCGGUGAAAGGCUUCCUCGGUCGCUACCUGAGGAGGAAGCUGAUCGAGACGGAGAUCGGCAGCCGGACACGCAACAUGGAGCUGGUGAGGAUCAUCGACUGGAUUCCCCGGGUUUGGCACCAUCUCAACCGCUUCCUGGAGACGCACAGCUCCUCCGACGUCACCAUCGGGCCUCGUCUCUUCCUGUCCUGCCCCAUGGACGUGGAGGGAUCCAGGGUUUGGUUCACCGACCUCUGGAACUACUCCAUCAUCCCCUACAUGCUGGAGGCCGUACGAGAGGGACUGCAGCUGUACGGCCGCAGGGCAGCGUGGGAGGACCCGGCUGCGUUUGUGAUUGACACCUACCCCUGGUCAGCUUCGUCCACUCCGGCUGAUUGGCCCCCGCUGCUGCAACUCCGCCCAGAGGACGUGGGCUUCGAUGGAUACUCUGCCCCGAGAGAAGGAGUCCGGAAAGAGCCACCCCAGAGCGACAGCGACGCGGACCCCCUGAUGAAUAUGCUGAUGCGUCUGAAGGAGGCGGCGACGUCAUCGAGCCCGCAGAGCUACGACAGCGACUCCAACAGCAACAGCCACCAGGACGACAUCCUGGACACGUCGCUGGAGUCCACCUUGUGAUGCAACACUGGUUUUCAGGAGGAACCUUUUAUAAGAACUGUGAGAAGUUCUUGCCCAGAGAAUAAUUUCAUGCCGCAGAAAUCCAGCCACCUUAAUUUGGGUGCAGGUAACCCAAAUAUCAGAAAAGGAAGAAAACAAAAAGGUUUGCAUUUCAGCAAACGGGCAAUGAAAAUGUCUGCUGCACUGUGCUGUAAUUUUUUUUUUUUUUUUCACCGCUGUGGCCCGGGGCUCCUGUCAGGAGCCUGAGAUCUACUUCAGAAAGACAGAAUAAAAAGCACACAGCCUGCCACUGUUUGUGAGGCGUCAUCAUUACCGUCAUCAGCAGCCAGGACUCCUUUAAUCUUCACUGAGCCACCGCAGCCGCCCCAGGUCUUCAGGUUGAGGUACUGCCCAGCCGCAGUGCUCCUCAGCUGCCUGCAGGUGGCGAUACAGACCCUUGUUUCUGAAGCGCCGCUGAGCCUGAGCUACCAGCCACUGGGAACACAGAUGAGGCUGCUGCUGCUGCUGCUGCUGCUGGGAUGGAGGAGCAGCCAGCAGCUUCCUCCUCUUCCUCUAGGACUGUAGCUGCCUGUGUUAUUGUUGGAGGAUAAAUCGAGGCAAAGUGAAUGUUAAGUCCUAACUUUAUAGAGAGUUAUUUAAUUACAUCCUAACAUUAUCACAGUCACAUUUGAGUUAAAAAAAAUUGAACUAGUAAUAGCCCAUUAAGAUAAGAUGAAAAGCUGUUAGGGAAAAACUAACUACAGAUCCAUCUAAAUGUUUUUGAGUUAAAUCUACAAUGGCCUUUGUGGACUUCAAUGAAGAGAACCGGUUUGUUUAUAUGUGCAAAUCCAUGAUACAAACAAGGUGACGAGGACGUUUUGCAAAAGUGCUUCACCACCAGAGCAAAGAAUGCGGAAAACAUCCUCAAAACUAAGAAGACAAGCUCGGACAAUUUAACCAAAAAUUCUGCUCACAAACAACAACAAAAACAUACACAGAAAUGGGCACAACACCAUCUGUUCUGUAACUUCACAAACAAUUUCUCUACUAUUUCUAAUUCCUUGCUUCUUUCACCUUAUAAUCCUUGGAGAUCUCCAUGCACAUUGGCCCAAACAGGCUGCUGUAGCACAAAGUCUCUUUUCUUGGUGCUGGACUGAAUCCUAACAAACAAUGCCUUACUCUUUUCUAACAGACUACGAGUAUUAGCCGAUCCUUUAUUUGUCUAAAUGUCUGUAAACUUAACAGGGCUCAGAGUCGACUCUCCUCGACCUCUCAUCAUAUCAAACACCCAUGCCAUGCGAUUAAGUUGUGAAUGAGAGGCAGUACUUUGGGUUUCAAAAUAAGUCGUAUGCAUGUGUGACCCAGUGCUGUGAAGCUGGUGUAAAUAUUUGGACCACUAGCGAGAAAGAAAAAAUAUAUAGAUGUGUCAUGGUGCUCCAAAUCCGAACAUGUCGCAGGUUGAUUGGGGAAGAGAAGUUUAAGACGUGUUGAUUUUAUACCUCAUCCCCAUCCUUUGACUGUGCAGUCUGUUUCAUGUGAUUUGUGAUGAACAAAACUGACAAACAUAUUGAACUAAUUAAGUGAAAACUAGUGUAUAUGCUGCUUUGUUUAUAGUGAUAUAAUUAAUCUGAGGUAUAAAGGUACUUGUGGAUGAUAAUGUUAAAAUGGUUUGACAUGUGGCUUAGAAUAUAACGAAUAUUGUCCUUUUUGAUUUGCUUUAAACCUCCCCGACGUUUAAAUCCGGGGUCACGCCGCAUGGCUUCCAUCGCGUUCAGUGUUCCUGUCACAGAUCCUAUGCAACAUUCAUUCUGAUCUCCCAAUGGAAGCCAAAAUCUGAUGCGCUUGAUCCCUAUGUUUUUCAGCACUGCUGAGGCAUACAGCAUGGAACUAUAUUUGUGAAGAUUUUUCCUAUUUGUGGCCCAUGUUCUUGUCCGGGUGUGUCUGUGUAGCUUUUGACACACUCUGUUGUGGUCCUUGUAAGCACAAAGAGACUGAUUCUCUGUAUGUCUUCAGUAAAGCCUGAGAAGUGUGGAUGUUGUCCAAGCAUUUGACCAGUCUGUCAGUUUAUUACUCACAAACUCAAUGAAUGUUUAGCCUUCUUUGCUAUGUAAAUUUUUUGAUAUGUAACAUAAUUUUGUAAAUAGUUGAUUAUCUGUCAGCAUUUUGAUGACUUUUUUCUAGCUGAUUUGUAACAGUACUUGAAAAGGAGUAUUUUGUGUACAGUCUCUUUACACCAGAGCAGAUUGAUGCCGUUUGUCAUCACUGGUCUGUCCAGGGCUCACUGUACUAGUCUUAAGUUAUUGUGAUUCAAUAAAAGUUAUGAUUAUUUAUGAUUGAA